CGUAUUUUUUUCUGUUCAAUCAGAAGAAGCAGUCACACGCCUUAAAUACGAAACACCACAAUUUCAGCACUUUUCACCCACAGCAGACAUGGCCGCAGUGAAGAUCGUCAAGAAGCACACGACCCAGUUCAAGCGUCACCAAUCUGACAACUUCAAGCGUGUCAGUGAGUCGUGGAGAAAGCCCAAGGGUAUCGAUGGCGUCGUUCGUCGUCGUUUCCGCGGUACCAUCCGCAUGCCCAAGAUCGGUUACGGCUCCAACAAGAAGACCAAGUACUGCAUGCCUAACGGUUUGAAGGCUUUCCUUGUCCGCAACGUUGCCGACGUCGAGCUUUUGCUCAUGCAAAACAAGACCUUCGCUGCCGAGAUUGCCUCCAACGUGUCUGCUCGCAAGCGUGUCGAGAUCAUUGAGAAGGCCCGUGCCUUGGGUGUUAAGGUCACCAACGCUGGUGCUAAGGUCCGUUCUCAAGAGUAGAUCCAUGAAACGUUUUUUGUAAUGUUUCAAUCGAUGUUCCGUGCUAUGUCCUUUGACUGGGUAUAUACGUUAAUCAUGCUUUGGGCCAAAUAA